CGGCGGGUGCUGGCGGCUGCAGGGCGCGGCUGGCCGGCCUGCCGCGGGGCCCGGGGCUCUCCGCAGCCAUGGACCGGGACCUCCUGCGGCAGUCGCUCAACUGCCACGGGCCGUCGCUCCUGUCCUUGCUUCGCAGCGAGCAGCAGGACAACCCGCACUUCCGGAGCCUGCUGGGGUCAGCGGGCGAGUCGGCUCGGGGCCCGCCGCUGCCGCCGCCGCUGCCGGGCAGAAAGGAGAAGAGAGUUGACAACACAGAGAUACAAAAAUUCAUCUCCAAGAAAGCAGAUCUGCUUUUUGCACUUUCCUGGAAGUCAAAUGCGCCUGCAGAUUCUGAAGUCAAUGAAGACAGUGAAGAUCGUUUUGCAGUCAUGCCGCCCCUGGAGCAGUUCAUGGAGAUCCCGAGUAUGGACAGGAGAGAACUGUUUUUCCGUGAUAUUGAGCGUGGUGACAUAGUCAUUGGCAGAAUUACUUCCAUUCGGGAAUUUGGAUUUUUCAUGGUGUUGAUCUGUUUAGGAAGUGGCAUCGUGAGAGAUAUAUCCCACUUGGAAAUCACAGCACUUUGUCCAUUAAGAGAUGUACCUGCUCAGAGUAACCAUGGGGAUCCUUUAUCAUAUUAUCAAACUGGUGACAUCAUUCGAGCUGGAAUCAAGGAUAUUGACAGAUAUCAUGAAAAGCUUGCAGUGUCUCUGUAUAGCGCAUCUCUUCCACCACACCUGUCUGGCAUUAAGUUAGGUGUAAUUAGCUCUGAAGAACUUCCUUUGUACUAUAGGAGGAGUGUUGAAUUAAGCAACAAUUCUUUGGAUUCCUAUGAAAAUAUCAUGGAAAGUUCCUUGGGAUUUGUUAAUCCAGGAGUAGUUGAAUUUCUUCUAGAAAAACUGGGAAUAGAUGAAUCUAAUCCACCAUCGUUAAUGAGAGGCCUACAAAGCAAAAAUUUCUCUGAAGAUGAUUAUGCUUCUGCAUUAAGAAAGAAACAGUCUGCAUCUUGGGCUUUAAAAUGUGUGAAGAUUGGAGUUGAUUAUUUUAAGGUUGGGCGACAUGUGGAUGCUAUGAAUGAAUACAAUAAAGCUCUGGAAAUAGACAAACAAAAUGUGGAAGCGUUGGUGGCACGCGGAGCCUUAUAUGCAACGAAAGGAAGUCUGAACAAAGCAAUAGAAGAUUUUGAGCUUGCACUAGAGAACUGUCCUACUCACAGGAAUGCAAGAAAAUAUCUCUGCCAGACACUUGUAGAGAGAGGAGGGCAGUUAGAAGAAGAAGAAAAGUUUUUAAAUGCUGAAAGUUACUAUAAGAAAGCUUUGGCUUUGGAUGAGACGUUUAAAGAUGCAGAGGAUGCUUUGCAGAAACUCCAUAAAUAUAUGCAGAAAUCUUUGGAAUUAAGAGAAAAACAAGCUGAAAAAGAAGAAAAGCAGAAAACAAAGACAAUAGAGACAAGUGCAGAAAAGUUGCGUAAGCUCUUAAAAGAGGAGAAAAGGCUGAAGAAGAAAAGAAGAAAAUCUACUUCUUCUUCAAGUGUGUCUUCUGCUGCUGAGUCAGUUUCUUCUUCCUCCUCCUCCUCAUCUUCUGUUCACAAAAAGCACAAGAAGCACAAGAGGAACCGCACAGAGUCUUCUCGGAGUUCCAGAAGGCAUUCAUCCCGGGCAUCCUCCAGUCAGGUAGAUCAGAAUAGGACAGAUGAAUGCUAUCCAGUGCCAAGCAAUACUUCGGCAUCUUUCCUUAACCAAAAACAAGAAGUGGAAAAACUGCUGGAAAAGCCAGAUAGGUUACAAUAUCAAAAGACACAGGUGAAAGAGAAGGAAAGAUGCCCUCUCCCUUCAUCUUCAGGUGAAAUCCCGGAUGAUGACAGAGGUAGGUCUGAAGAUUCAAAAGACUUUGAUAAUAGCUAUAAAACCCAGGCAAGUAGCAGCAAAACAGAAAAGCCAUGUAAAUCAGAAAGACAUUUUUAUGGCAGGAGAAAUUCCUCAGAUUCCUAUUGUAGGAAUUCGGAGGAUAAGACAAAAAUGUAUGGUUCUAGGAGGUUUGAACAAGAUACAGAGGGGAGAAAAGAGCACUACCGAAGGUGGGAGCCAGGUUCCGGGAGGUAUUCCACCCCGGCAGCAAGCUCAGACUACCCCUGGAGGUCGGUGGAAAAAUACAAAAAGUACACUCAUUCUGCGUCCCGUGAUUUCAGCAGACAUGAGCCCAGGUAUCGAUUAAAUACAAAUCAAGGAGACUAUGAAAGACAGAACAAUUAUGAGGAGGAAAAUAAAGCAGAGAUUCCAGAAGCAAGCAGACUAAAUAGCCAAGAGCAGUCAGAUAGCAAAGUUAAGAAAGAUUUACCUCAAAAUCUACUCAAUAUAUUUAAUCAGAUAGCUGAAUUUGAGAAAGAAAAGGGAAAUAAGCCAAAAAAUUAAGAUGCCAAAAAAUCAACACCAUUAUAUUAAAUGCCGUUAAUAAAACGGUGAGGGUGUUUCAGUCACCAA